CGGGGAAGAGAAGACUGCUGCCCCGGAGGGGUUGAAAGGAAAGAUCCAAUAUCCCCUCACUCUGCCGCACCCCAUAAAGGAAUCCUGGUUCCCUGAGGCGCUCAUCCCAGCUCAGGUUGUCCCCGGGAGCGAGCAGGGGCGACAGUCAGCCAGUACCCGGUGGGGAGGGGACAGUGGCUGGGGCCGCCUCUCUGCUCUCCAGCACCCUCCUCCACUUGCUGGGCGCGCUGCGCAGCCGCCAGCUCAGUGGAGGCGCGAGGAGCCCCGCAGGCUCCGGCGCAGCAGGAGGUGUGCGAAGUCGGGGUGCGGGGAUAGCUCGAAGCAGAAGAGGGAGAACGAGGGUGAGCACGCUGAGCAGCCGUGCGUGCGCUCUGCCCUGUGCCACAGGAUCGCCUAACGAAGCACAAGCCAGCAGGGUCUGAGUCCUGAGGACGUUGCUGCCACCCGGGCAUUCAGAGACCCAACCACAGAAUCUAGAGGUCGAAGCAGCCCCAAUCUGGGAUAGGCUCGGGACCCCGAGCGUUCCCGGGAAGAGCGGAGCCAAAACGUAGAUCCCAGACUCUGGAGGAAAAAGAAGUGUGGAUCCCGGAGCCGGCGUGUUUCAAGCCCCAGAGCUCUCAGGAUUGUCUGGAUUGCGCGCUUCGCCGCUGGACCGACACACCCCCCUUAGCUUCCUCGCCUUCCUCUUUGGGCGCCUCCUCACCUGCCCCGGAGGAACUUUCACCUGCAAAGGUGCAGGACAAAGCCACGCACCCGCACCCGGUGACCACCAUGCGCCUCAACAGCUCCGUGGUGCCGCAGGAUGCCCCUUUCUCGCGGUUGCAAUCUGGACUGGAGGCUAUGCUCCUGGCGCUUGGCUUGGGCAAUGGCUCUGGCAACACCUCGGAAUCCGUCCUGGCAGCGCCCAACAGCGACCUGGACGUGAACACUGACAUCUAUUCCAAGGUGCUGGUGACUGCUGUAUACCUGGCACUCUUUGUAGUGGGCACUGUAGGGAACUCAGUGACAGCCUUCACUCUGGCACGGAAGAAGUCACUACAGAGCCUGCAGAGCACUGUGCAUUAUCACUUGGGCAGCCUGGCCCUGUCUGACCUGCUCAUCCUGCUGCUGGCCAUGCCCGUGGAGCUGUACAAUUUCAUCUGGGUGCACCAUCCCUGGGCCUUUGGGGAUGCCGGCUGCCGUGGCUACUAUUUCCUUCGUGAUGCCUGCACCUAUGCCACAGCCCUCAAUGUGGCCAGCCUGAGCGUGGAAAGGUACAUGGCCAUCUGCCAUCCCUUCAAGGCCAAGACCCUCAUGUCCCGUAGCCGCACCAAGAAAUUCAUCAGUGCCAUAUGGCUAGCCUCAGGGCUGCUAGCUGUGCCCAUGCUCUUCACCAUGGGCCUGCAGAACCGCAGUGCCGAUGGCCAACACCCUGGUGGCCUGGUGUGCACACCCAUUGUGGACACAGCCACCGUCAAGGUCGUCAUCCAGGUUAACACCUUCAUGUCCUUUGUGUUCCCCAUGCUGGUCAUCUCCAUCCUAAACACUGUGAUCGCCAACAAACUGACAGUCAUGGUGCGCCAGGCCAACGAGCAAGGCGGGGUGUGCACUGUGGGCACCCAGAACAGCUCACAGCACAGCACAUUCAACAUGUCCAUCGAACCCGGUCGCGUGCAGGCCCUGCGCCACGGAGUCCUCGUCUUACGGGCUGUUGUCAUCGCCUUUGUGGUCUGCUGGCUGCCUUACCACGUACGACGACUCAUGUUUUGCUAUAUCUCGGAUGAGCAGUGGACGACGUUCCUUUUCGACUUCUACCACUACUUCUACAUGCUGACCAACGCCCUCUUCUACGUCAGCUCCGCCAUCAACCCCAUCCUCUACAACCUGGUCUCUGCCAACUUCCGCCAGGUCUUCCUGUCCACGCUGGCCUGCCUGUGUCCUGGGUGGCGGCGCCGGAAGAAGAGGCCGACAUUCUCCAGGAAGCCAAACAGCAUGUCCAGCAACCAUGCCUUCUCUACCAGCGCCACUCGGGAGACCGUGUACUAGGCCCUAGGGAGGCUGGGCUUGAGGCCUCAGCCUGUGCUCAGGGCAACACCCUCCCAGACCUCUGGGGGUUAGCCAGGGGUCAGUCUAAAUCGUGGCUGGUGAGCCCCUGGGGCACCCUGGAGAGCUUCUCUUUCCAGUUUCUCUUUCUUUUCUUCCAAAUCUGCCCACCCCCCUCCUCCCAGUUCCCUAUUCCUGCUCCCCAUCCCCCCUCCUACCUACCAUUUAAAAAGGAGAACAGAGGCUGUUUCUCUCCCUGCCCCCCAUAAGGCCUCUAACAAGAAGAAAUUAGCGCUCACCAAGGAUAGCCUCCUUUGUUCCCGGACUAAUGGAUGUUUAGAAAGAAGAAACAAAAGCGCUGGGACCGGGCCCUUGGGCAGACGGGAUGUUGCAAACAUAACGGCACCUUGUAGCUGCACCGGACGGGCCAGACGGCGACUGAAGCUGGACUUGGGCUCAACGUCCACAGGCCAAGGCUCCAUCGUAGCUUCCCCCUGCCUCCACUCCUGCCUGGUCCAGCAGAUUCUGUGGCUCUCUCCGAACCUCAUGCCCAGACCCUUUCCUUGGCAGGCCGGCACGUCACCUCUCCCAGAGUGCUCCAGGGAAUCCUGCAACGUUCCCCUUAAGGCUCAGGGCCCACAGCCGAAAGCUGAGAGGAUUCAGCUAUGGCCCACUAAAGAAAGCCAAGUUCUCACACGCUUGGGAAGGACAAAAGGGCUGGCCUGAGUGCAUACAGAGCUAGGACUCCCUCUGUUUCAGGCAUGUCCUCGCAGGGAUACUUGCACUGGGACCUUGGCCCCUUGGAUCUGGAGGAGGAUGGCAGAUGAGUGGGGCCCAGCCUCCCCUGUCCAGGUGACUUUGGUGGGGGGGGGGGGAUGCACACUCCUGUGUCUCUCACACAGCUGUACAGACUGAGGUCUGGCAGCUGCUGGCUUCAGGGCAGGGCUCCUGAGAAGGGCACUGAGCCAGGCCCUCAGCAGGAUGCCAGUGUCUGAGCCUCUGCAGGUAAGGAGAUGCCAAUCCCCCGGCAUCCAGCUGGCCAGCAGCCUGGACUGAGGCAUAUGCCAAUUUGUUACCAGCUGCCAAGCAGCCGCCCUGGCCCAGGUUCUAGGCGCCCAGAAAAGCAGGCACCCUUCAUCUCUGGGAGCUGUCUCCAAACAAGACAGAACCAUCUAGCCUCCAGCCAAGAAAGUUGGCUGAGUGCUUGGAGACGGUCCCAGGAUGCCCUGGACCAGCAGGGCAGGAGUAGCGGGAGAGCCAGAGAGCCAAGCUCAGCCUUUUGCAAAAGAGUCCUGGGCCCCAUUGUCUGGAAAAGAAAUGAAUAGAUGGUAACUGGUUUGCGUGAACAGUACUACCAUGGGACAUGGGAGGCCUAGUCACAGCCCAGGGCUAGCCUCUACUCCCUGUGGCCUAUAAGACAAUGGGUUGAAUGUUGGGGUAUGUGUGGUCCCCCAGAUAUAGCCACUCUGCUACUUGAACCCCACAAAACACCACUGCCAAUAUCAUGACCUCUCGGGUAAUCAAAGGCAGGGUCUGGGUGAGUCAGGCUCAUGGGUGACAACAGGAAGGUAUGAUCAUCCCAGAGGAGGCCUCUCACCCAAGAACUGUCUACAUGGGAGCCCCUCCCAGCCCUGUGGAGCCAUCUUGCCCAGUGAGUGGGUCACAAGCCAGUGCUUCUUCAGGAGGGUUUGGACUUAUACCAGGCAGCCCAACCCCAGGCCCCUAUCCUGGGUUCCCAGACCGUGGGCAAGCUGUUCUUCUGAGCCCCAUUUCCUCAUCUUGGGCUAUCUGGGACUGUCUUGAAGUAAACACAAGUGAGAUAACUCUGAGCCUCCCAGAAACGCUGUGGCUGUCACCAGAAGUCUUUGCUGUGGUAGUUAGCCUCUCGUCUGUGUGCUUGAUGUAGUUAGGGACGUGUGUCCGUUCACCGCAAGAUGUACCUGUGACCUUGGCUUGGUAUCCUCAGCUCUGGGCCAAGUCAGGAUGGAAAUAGUUCUAGAGGCUGGCCUUGGUGUCCUGGGUCACAAAUGCAGAGUCUCACCAGCCCCGCAGUGAUGUGGACACAGGGGCUGUGCUCCCAAACUUAUGUCAGAAUGGUCCCCAUCCCACCACACUGUAAUCAAAGAACACCCCCCCAUAGAGAAUAAAGGAAGCUGUGAAUACCCA